AUGUCGAAUGGAGGAUCUUCAACGGAUCAACAGAUGGAGUUGAUGCAGAAGAUGCGUGAAGAAUUUCUACACCAGUUUGAUAUACUUCGUCAGGCAAACGAAGCAAGCGUGGCACAGAUCACCUUGCUUCAACAGCAAAAUAACACUCUGCAAGCGGCGAUGGCUCAGUUGGCAGCACCGCCACCAGUGGGUGACACGCUGGCACCCCCUAGUCAGAAUGUUCCUCCAAUUACCGGACUUCUGCCCAAUGGGGCUCCACCUAAUGGGGCACGACCCAAUGAGGCCCAGCCGAAUAAGGUUCAGCAACAACGUAGGGUAAGAUCCGAGGCUGCGGCUUCGGAUAACGUCCCCCAUCGCACACAAGACAAGCAAGUCGAAUCCAGCCAUAAGCUCACGGUGUGGUCCAAUGAAAUCCCAGAUGGUGCAGGAGUUCAGGAUGCCUUUGAUGAGAAAAGACUCCUGAAGAUUCAAACACCUGCCGAGAUGGCUAGAGAAUACAAAAAUUCCUUGGUAAAAACUCCUUUCACUGACGAUGUGUAUCUGGUAGAGAGGCCUAAGAGGUUUACCAUGCCUUCUUUCACCCAGUUUGAUGGAACGGGGGAUCCAUCUCGGCACUUAGAUCAUUACGCUCAAAAGAUGGCUCUGGAUGAUCGUAAUGACCAUUGGAUGUGUAGAGUUUUUCCUACCAGUUUAACAGGAGCAGCACUAGAAUGGUUCAGGAAUCGACCGCAUAAGUCCAUCCCGGAUUAUGUAACUCUGUGCACCAUGUUCCUGGCACAGUAUUGCGGGAAUAAGAAGCAAAAGAAGAGCAUUGCCAGCCUCUUCACCAUGAGACAAAAGAAGGGGGAAACAUUACAGGAUUUCUUAUCAAGAUUCAACAUGGAAGCCUAA